ACUCAUCCGGCUUAACUUGUCGACUCCGUGUUCAUUUUGUGUUGAUAUUAAGAGUCUGGAAAUGUCAGUUUCGAAGCAAUAGAAUCGCAUGAAGUUUAGUUUCACAGUACUAUACGGUUGGUUUACCUGUUAAAUUUUAAUGUAAUGCUUUAGAUAAUGGUACUGCUGCAGCGAUUAUUAUAACCAAAAUAUUAGGCAUUAAGAGUAGUGUCAAAACCGAGAGAAAAUAAAAUUGCCGAAACCCGGGAUCGAACCAGGGACCUUUAGAUCUUCAGUCUAACGCUCUCCCAACUGAGCUAUUUCGGCUUGAAAACGCGUUAAAUUAAACACAUAUUACUACAGAGCUUGUAAUCAAUGCUAGUUGAUAAAAAUUGAUGACUGCAACAAUGCGUAUUGCGGGAACAGAAAAGUCGUAGUGUUGCAGGGCGGAGCGUGAUAUGGAUACACUGCAAUCCUACGAAGAGAAAUGUUGAGAUACCCUCCCCAAGAUUUACGACCCAUGAGGGGGUGAAGCUGAUUUUCUCCAACUCUGAGCGCACGAACAAGGGGAACCACGCAGUCUAGUCCCUGGCCUUGGCCUGCAGAGCCAAUGAUGUAGCGGCCCUGCUUAUGACCGGAUGACAGUGUAUCACCUGCCUUUCGGCUCCACUGCGUACUUUACUCUAUGCAAUGUGAUGAUGUGCACGACGUUCGGGAUAUUGGGCCCAUGUCCGAGGCGUACCCUCAUCUCAUCCCUCACAGCUUCACCUCCUGUCUGAGAAGGAGGGUGUCAAGCAUUUUGAAAUACCUGUUUCCUGUCCUGAAAGAGGAGAGCAGGAGAGUGAUUACCUUCGCCAGCCAGGACGACUCCAUCUCGUUCAGACAUCACACAUGCAAGAAAACAGAUCACAAGAAGACUGCAGUGACAGAGACUCAAGUAAAGUGCAGUCAUGCAAGCAGGUUACUGUGCAGUAUUCAAACGACAUAUAUAAAAUAUCACAUUAGAAAACGAUUGAGUGUGAGCAGCCAAUCAGCUUCCAGAUCUAGCGGGUUUCUAAUUUGCAUAGAUACAAAAAGCAUACAUGAUCAAGCUGGGCACUCUGGAGAACGAAAGCACCACAGAAGUGGAGUGGCGUCUGCAUCCCUACUCACACUGCAAAGAAAACAGGAGGAGCGGCAGAGACCCGCCAGACCGAAACACAAGGCCCAUACAAUGGGGAAAUGAUACACAGCAAGCCUGGAAAAUUAAGCGUUUUAUUUGUUACAUUUAGGGCUUUUUUUUCAGGUUUUAUGAAUUUUAUUUUUCGGUACUUAUUUUUAGUUUUCAGUUUUAUGUAAAUCUUUUUUUUUCAGGGCUUUCGUUUUUGAUACACUGUAUGAAGUUAAGUGUU